UUACUCCAGUGCAAACUAUGUAUUUUGUGAUGUAAUAUUUUGUGCGGAAUUAAAUCGUGGAAUGAAUGAACGCAAAAUGUAUACUCUUUUGAAUCCAUCAAGUCGCCAGGCAAUUCGUUUCGAGGCCACCUAACGUUCAGUUCGCGUACCCUCCUAGUUCGAGCCGGCAACAUUUUGGUGUCGACAUCAGUUGGUGAAGUUUGUUAAUUUUUGAGUUCAGGGAUCUAAAACAAAUAUAUUCAAGCAUGGAGAAACAAGGAAAUCCCCCACCAUAUACUGGCCCAUACAACGGACCUCCAGGACCCCAAGCUGGAUUCCACAUGCCUCCACCUGGAAUGCCUCAGGAUCAACAACAACAAACAGUGAUUGUUACUCACACCGUAGCCCAGGUUCCUGUUGGCCCCACUCCAACAUCGACAACAUGUCCAUCAUGUCAUGCUCAGAUAGUUACUUCGGUGGAGACUGAAACAACAACAAAGACACACUUGUUCGCCUUAUUGCUGUGCCUUUUCGGAUGUUGGCCAUGUUGCUUAAUUCCAUAUUGUGUGGAUUCAUGCCAAGCUAAAACUCAUUACUGCCCCAAUUGCAGAGCUUACAUCGGAAGAUUCGAGAACUAAGAACGUUCUAAAAUUCUUAAAAAGAGUUACCAACUGAAGAAGCUAAAAUUCCAUCUAAAUCUGUUUUCUAAGAAACAACUUCAAUUUAUUUUAUAUUUUAAUACUUUUUAUCUAUACAAUAUAUAUGUUAUAAAUUAGAAUAAUAUGAAAACGUCAGGUUAUGUUUAAAUGUUUUAAUGAUAUACGUUUUAAUCUUAACAUAAAUAUUAAGUAAGUUUAAGCAUGUCAAACAUAUGAAUAUGUUAUUAUAUCCGUUAUUUUAUUAAAGAUGUAAAUUCUA